AUGAAGGCGAUUCUGCAUCCGAUCUUUGCAGGUGUUCUGGGCUCAUGGCUGGCAAUAGGGCUGUGGGCAUCGCAGGAUGAUACACGCUCCUUCCACGACGUCUUGGUGUCCUACUCCUCUCCCGCAGGGGCUGGCCCAUUGAUGUCAAGACUGCUGAAUCCAUUGGUUAUAGCUUUGGCUUUACUGUUGUUCGAACGCAGACGGCUCUUGCAACGCGACAGUGCGCUCAUCAUUGUAACGUCCAUGCUUGCGGCAGUCUUCGGCUUGUUUGGAACAGCCUUGAUGGCGCGCAUCCUGCGUUUGCCGAAGGAUUUAGCUGCAUCGUCUGUGUCACGGUACUGCACAGCACCGUUGGCGCUAGCGGUCUCGAAUUCGCUGCAUUCUUCAGCCCCGCUGACAGUGGCUAUGGUUGUGGCGUCUGGCUUCCUUGGGAUCUUUGUGGCGAGGCCUUUGCUGAGCUAUCUCGAGGUGGAUGGCUCAAGAGAGCGCGGCCUAGCCAUUGGAGCAGUGUCGCACGUGCUUGGAACUGUGACACUGGCCUCGUGGGAUGAGUAUGCUGUACCUUACUGUGCGCUCUGCUUUGUCUUGGCAAGCGGUUUUGCGGCAGCUCUUGCAGCCAUUCCGCCUGUGCAGGCUGCGCUGUUGUGGGUCUUGCCCUCCUGA